GCUGCCGCGCGCGCCUGUCGCAUAUUCUAUGCGACUCCGCUCCUCCUUCACCAUAAUAUGGAUAUACAGCACAUCCGCGCUCUUAUCAACAUCCAAUUCUCGUUUCUGUGGUUUUACGAAGUUGCCGACAAAUACAAAAGGAUUAUAUUGUAAAGUGUCCAAGAAAACAGUAGUUUUUUCAAAGUCCGCAUUGGAAUUUCUAGUAUGGCAGUCGCCGUGGGCCGACGUGCUCAGCACAUGGCUUCAUAAUAAUACGGUGGUGGCUGACGUUACAUCAAAAUGUACCAAUAAGUGAUCGGAGUAGAUAAAUCAGUGCGAUUGGUUUGUGGUGCAAAUGUGAUUUUAUACAAUUAGUGUAUUAACUUAUUUAUUAUAAAUAUUGUAUUAGUUAAGGACCAACAAUGGAACGUAACAAAUCGAAAGCAUUUCGAUGGUGUGCUUCCUAUAACAGUGAUGUAAUGUUAUAUAGUGCAUAGUGAUCCCAAAGUCUGAUAUUAGACUGCGUUAAGUUUAUUAGUUAGUUUUGUACUGUGUGAUAGUGAUGCUGAUCAAUACGUUUUUGGACACGGAGGAUUUCGUGCACUUGUAUUACCCCGAGGAUGAGCCAGCGGGCGCGCAGGGUUGCGGAGCCGGGGCUCGCAUGGCCAGCAAGUACCCGCGCCCGCCCUCGCCUGAAUACUCCUCUUCUCAGUCUCAGGUGUCAUCGUCGUCGUCUCGCGCGAUGAGCGAGCGCGACCGGGAGCGCGAUCGGGAGCGCUGGGGCGCCCCGCCGCAGCCCGAGCCGCCGCCGCACCGCGUGCGCGCCGCGGACCUGUACCCGCGGCUGCGGACCCACUGCGACGAGCCUGGCUUAGACGUGCCCUUCACACCAAUAUGUGGAGAGUUUGUCCAGUGGGUUGGACGCACGGCAGACGGCGGCACCAUCGCGAUGUCCAACUAUCGCCUACACGCUCAACCGAGGCGGCGGAGCGGACCUGGGGCUUCGGUGCCACUGAGACUUAUCGACGCAGUGGAAAUUAAAGAUCUGCUGUGCCUAAUUGUACAAUGCAAGCACGGCCGACAGCUUCAAUGUACAUUCACCACAGGCGACAAGUGCCUAGAAUGGUGGCAGCGCCUCAGUACUGCCCUGGCUCCUAUGAGCUCAGUCCAAGAAACCUUCGCCGCGGCCUACGCGGCGUGGGCCAAGGAACAACCGCCUGCCUCCGUCCAUAGGGCUCUCAUGAGGGCGUCUAACGCCCCGCACAGGAACUGGUUCGGACCUGAGGUUGAAAGACUGGGGUUCACAACAAAAGCAGCGUGGCGAGUAACGGCUGCCAAUGCUGACUACAAGCUAUGCUCCUCCUACCCUCCUCUCCUGGUCGUUCCGGCGUCCAUUGGUGAUGAAGACCUUGACUCCGUCGCGAGGUUUCGCGCUAUGCGUCGAGUCCCCGCCGUUGUAUGGCGACACAAAGGCAAUGGCGCUGUCAUCGCGCGGACAUCGCAACCUGAAGUGGGCUGGUUCGGCUGGCGGUCCUCUGAAGACGAGCGGUUGCUAGCUGCCUUCGUUACCGCCUGUAACACUGAUAGAGGCGUGCAGCCGGCUAACACUAACAAGCAAACCAAACUCCUAAUAGUAGACGCCCGAUCCUACGCAUCAGCAGUCACGAACCGAGCUCGCGGUGGAGGCUGCGAGUGCCAACAAUACUACCCUUUCGCAGACAUACAGUUCAUGAGCCUGCCAAACAUACAUCAUGUGCGAAGAUCCUUCCUCCAGCUACGGGCGCUGGCUGCCGAGCCUAGCGACCAGGCCAACUGGCACAGCAACCUCGAGCGCACACUAUGGCUGCAAUACAUCUCCGGAGUGGCGCGAGCGGCCAGCGUGGUGGCGCGAGCGGUGCUGGCCGGGCGGCCGGUGCUGGUGCACUGCUCGGACGGCUGGGACCGCACGCCGCAGAUCGUGGCCGCCGCGCAGCUCAUACUGGACGUGCACUAUCGCACGCUGGAGGGUUUCCGAGUGCUAGUCGAACGCGAAUGGCUCGACUUCGGUCACAAGUUCGCCGACCGGUGCGGACACCAGUUCGGUCCCGAAGACCCAAACGAACGGUCACCUAUCUUCCUCCAAUGGCUGGACGUUGUGUACCAGCUCAUGAGGCAGUACCCUUGCAGCUUCGAGUUCAACGAAGCAUAUCUGAUAAAACUAGCAACCCACGUCCACUCGUGCAUGUUCGGCACUUUCCUGUGCAACACGAGCCGCGAGCGAAGCGAAGCACGCGUCCCCGAGACCACUGCGCAAGUGUGGGAGCUACUCCGCGCGCCGGCGUACAGGAACCAUCUCUACUCGCCGCACCACUCUCGAUCUGAACAGGUCUUAUGGCCAGAAUAUGGUGUGCGCUCCAUGCAACUGUGGUGGGGUAUGUACUGCGGAGAGCGUGAAGAACCGGACGACGACCAACCUGAACCAGAAGCCGUGUUACCUCCACAUCCGCCUGCCAACGGUUUAAUGACCAAAACGAGAUCUUGUGAUAAUCUUCUAAGCGAGGGAGAGAAAAGGACAACACAACGACGGUGUAGUGACCCCAGCAUAGCACCUGAUGUCAUGAAACUGUCAAGCAUAAUGGCGGCCGAAUGCGACCCGCGGAGAGAAACUCGUGCGCUUACAGACAGCUGUGUGGACGAGCUGCGGCCUGUACUAGAUCUCGAGCCAGAACGACCUGACCAGGUGGACGGCCUGCACCCGGAUCACUUCGAGACCCCUCGCCUGCCGCGCGACCUCGCCAGCGGCUCCUCCUCGCUGGAGCGCGAGCUCGGCGGCGCCGUCGACUCCGACCACGAGCCCGCCGACAUCGACCGGGUUAUCGACCACGAUGAACCGGUCAGACCCGCUAUAGAGGUCGAAGUGUCACCUGAAGGCACUCCAGAGGACACCGCUGUGUUUGUGAGGGCGUUUGAUGAGCGAGGCUUGUCUGAGGGCCCACAAAACGGCAGCCGAACGCGACACAUAAGCAUCACGUGGCGAUCAAUCUCAGAGUCCUCCAACCAGUCAUCCACCGGUUUCGACCUCCCCGAGCCACACGAGCGGUCCCCGGUCACUCACGAGCUGUCCCCGGUCACGCACGAGCUGUCCCCGGUCACUCGCGACCUGGUCACUAGCGACGGGGACCACGAGCGGUCACCGACUGAGGAGCUGAUGAAUCAUUUGCCGCAGAAUGGUGUGAGCAACGGAAUUAAUGGAGUGGAUGAGAUUGAGCCAAAGUUUUUGGAGAUUGAUUUGAAUGGGAGCGGGAGCGGGAGCGGGAGCGGGCGCGGUCCCGGGCCGGGCAGCACGUCGUCGAGCUCGGGCUCGCCGCCGCGGCGCGCGCGCGGCAGCCAGCUCACGCUGUGCCCCGCCUCCCCGCGCCGCCGCUGCCCGCACUGCUCCACCAGUGGUAUUGAAACCUCAGGCGAGUCGGGAACCAGCUCCGAAUGCUGGUGCGGCGUAUGCGGCGGGGAGCUGGGUGCGUCGCGCGUGCGUUGCGUGUGCGGUGCGUUAGCGGCACACGCGGCUGACCCGCUUGAUGGGUUACCGCCCGUUUCUGACCCGCUGCAGGCGCGGUUGCACCAGAUCAUAUUGUAUCAAAAGAAAGUGGUAGAAGAGCUAACCGGGCAACUCCGGUCGGCGCGGCAAGCCCUGCGGCGCGCCUCCCCGCCGCCCGCCGCGCCCGCGCGGCCCUCGCCCUCCGCGCCCAGCCCCACGCAGAUGACUAGCAGCGGCAGCGGACGCGGGAGCGCGAGCGGGAGCAGCAGCGGCAGCGCGAGCGAGGUGGAGGUGGGCGAGGAGGCGCGCGGCGUGGUGUGGCUGCCGGACAGCGCCGCGCCGCGCUGCCAGCACUGCCGGAACCACUUCUGGCUGGCCCGGCGGCGGCACCACUGCAGAAGAUGCGGUGGCAUAUUCUGCGGUUCCUGCUCCGAGAUGUCGCCGUGGGGCGGCUGCGCAGUGCGCGUGUGCCGCCGCUGCCGCGCGCUGCGGUGACCGCGCGAGCGCCGCCCGCACCCCCGCCGACACAGCCUGCCCGCCGCUCAUGCGCUCCUGGUAACCGAGCGUUGCUAAUGCUGACUUUUUCAUACAUAAUCGUUGGUUUUAAUGUUGAUUGAACUAAAAAAAGCCAAGAUUUCAUAAGCUCAUGCCUGUAUUACCUAAAGGGGUAGGCAGAGCACAUAAACUAAUCGAGUUUCAGUGAUCUGAAAGGCAUUUACAUAAUCGUUGGUUUUAAUGUCGAUGGAACUAAUAAAAUAGCCAAGGCAUUGUUAAUCAAUUCAUUAACUCACGCCUGUAUUCCCAAAUGGAGUAGGCAGAGCACAAACUAAUCAAUUUUCAGUGAUCUGAAACUUUGUAGUUAAACAACUCUCAAUGAAUUGGUGUGAAAUCGACAUUAAUAUUAAUGAUUUAUUUUACAAUUCGACGAAUGUUCCGACCAUUGGAAUUGAGGGUUCUAUUCUACCUGUCUUAAUGGCAGCUUGUGAUAUCGAUCUUAAAUACGAUUGUAAAUUAAGUAGCGACGUUACUGACAAUACAUUGGAAUUUAUACUGCUCGAAAUACAUUAACUUAACGAAAUUAAUAUCAAUGAAAUGAAUUUUAUUAUCACAAGCUAUUAUUAAAACGUGUAAUGCAAUCGACUCUCAUUAUUAAAAGCAAGAAUGUAUUCGUUGUUAUCAUAUUGAUUUUGAAUUUAAAGCCUUGAUAUCAAAUCGACGCUAUAACAGCGUACAACGAUAAAUUGUAUUAAAAGACAAUAAGCGAAACAUGCCUCAGUAGGCGGAUCAACACAGAGCGUGCAAAUAGCCGAGGCAACUUUAAUCAACUUAUAUUGGCAAUUUGCCUCGCGAGAAAUUUGCCUCAAGACGCUACUAGCUCAGGGGGGUUACCAUGACGUACUAAAGACGUUCAGUUUAGGUUGAGAGAAAGGGACACAGCUAUAGCAGUUACAUAGCUCCGUCCCUCUCUCUCAACCUAAACUGAACGGCUUUAGCACGUCAUGGUAACCCCCCUGAGAGGGCCCGCUUAGCGUGAAGCGUAGCGUUCAACGGAGAGGGUAGCAUCAAAGUAAUAUAAGCUUAUACUGACCUAGUAUUGUCUCCGAUGAAAAUUUUGUCGCAUUUUUUUUUUUCGUUAGAUUUUUAAACAAUCGUCUUGUGUUUUAUAGUAUAUGACUGCAGACUUUUCUUAAAAACGCCCCACACUCUGUUUCGUUCAACACUACUGAGGCUUUUAAAAUCGAUGUUAAAACUUCAGAAAUGGUCAUAAUACUACAAGUAUGUGAACCUCUUACAGUGGCGGCACGUAUAUGGUUUUCCCUUGAACCGCAAAGGUUCUGGUUGGUAAAAGGGAAAGCCGGUGGGUAUUGAGUUCUACGCCACUGUUUGAUUACAUUAGCAGUCCCGGAUCGCUAUGAUAAGUUCGGUGGUGGCUGUUUAGACUGUUCCUUUUACCUCAGUCCUACACCUAUGAGAUUUACAUAAUUAUGAAUGUGACGUUCUUGAGAAAAGUAGCGCUUUGUCAAUCAAUGGGAUUGUAGAUCGUUUGUAUUGUUGGCAAAAAUCGUAACACACGACACUAUAUAUGACCUUAUUGACAAAGCGGUACUUUGAGCCCAGGAAUGAAUAAUCAAUAUUCCGGUCAUCUAAACAGUUCUUAUGUACUAGUCAGUCCGCUUUGAUGGUUCCAACUCUGAUAUUUUAAUUUUUACUAUAACUACAUUUCGCCAUGACACGUCAUGUCCAUUAAAAAGAGCGAGCUAAUAUCAAUUUUAUAGUUGCAAUAACAGCGUUCCGCGAUUCUGUGUGUGGCCUGAUCGCACGCUCAUAUUUGGCGUUGGAUUCAAACAAUUGAAGCUCAUACAAGUGCACGCGCCUGAGCCCGCUCCGCCACACGCCAAGCCGACCGAGCGUCCGCUCAGGCCAUAAACUAAGGUUUUCAUAUUGGAUGUGGACUCACAACCCUUCAAUGUGCGAGUCUUGCUCUCAUAUUGAGUGGCGCGCAAACCAUAUCGGUGUGAUAACUGUAAUGCUUGGUCUACUAAAAAUGGCUAUGCUUUUUUUAAAGACCUGAGCUUAAAGAUACAUCUAGUCUGCCACGCGUGGGGGUGCAAGUAGGAUAGUUAGGAAAUGGUAAAGUAAAGGAAAGACGCGAAGGCUGAUUUUGUACGAUAUUUUCGUUUUUUUUUUCUAUCAUAUUUAUUGUAAAAGACUCUGAUAAUCGGUACGAUUAAGGCAGACCAUCCAUCCGUAGCAGCGAUGCAUUGUUUUGUAUAAAAUAACUGUUUUUGUUCUUUUAUUUUGUAUUAUAGUGUUUCAAUGUUCUAUAUUAUUUGUAUAGGAAGGUUUUUUCACCGCACUUACUGACAGCUAGAAUUAAGAAUUUAUGUAAAAAUGAAACAACUGUUGGUUUGUUCGGUGUGUAUAAUCUAAACGUUGUUUUUGUCUAACUCGCGCGGCUAUUGACCCUUGAUGUAAUUAAUAAUUAUAAAGUCCAAAAUGUCGCCGCGCGUGUAGCAAAACGACUUUUCUAUUGCUAGCUCUCCAUCGAUAAUUAGCUUCGUAUUUUAUUUGUGAUAUUUAUGAUAAUUUUGUAUAAUGAUUAAGAGUUUAUACAUGUUGUUAGCGGAUAAAUUCUACUGGUGAUUAAUUUUAACCCUUGCGGUGCGUGAUCGUUGAUUGUGGCAGUCGCGAAGGGGUCUUCGCAUUAAAAACAUCACAAGAUAUGAAAAAAAAUCAGAUAAAGUUACGAAAACUGUCAAAUUACGAUUAAAAACUCGCACCGAUAGUUUACAUGUUAAUGUAAUGUCUCUCUCUUUCUUACUAAUGUCACAAAGAAAGACUAAGACAAACUGACGAUAAAUUUACCAAGAAUUUCACAUAUGUGACUUUCCAUCACAUUAGGGGUCCUUUCCAUUACAAGUCCCAACAGAAAUUCUGAUAUAAAAAAUCCCAAGGGACCCUUUUGAGAAGGAAAGUCACGUAUAACAAUUUACCGUUCUGUGCCAAGUGUGGAGACCUUUUCGGACUGACGGUGAAAUAUCCAUGUAUAUAAUAAUCAUAAUGCAAAUUAUAUUGCUUUUGAGUGUUACACUCCUUCACCGUUGAGUCUCUUGGUUCUAAACUACCAUACUACUCAUUCCCAAACGGGGUAGGCACAUGAAACUUCAGUUUCAGUGCCACUUUUAGCAAUUAAGGGGUUAAAAGGGGCUAAAUUGUGAUAUUACAGAUUUGCCAACCCAUCUCUAACAUUUGGUACUAUCGAACCCAUAUCCCACAGUUGACUUCUACGACACUCACGGGAUGAAAGGGGGUGGUGAAAUUAUUUCCUGUCACGAAUAAACUACCAAUAAAAUAAUAAUAACAAUGAAAUUGUAAUAGAAUCCUACUUAACAAUUUAAUUCAUCCAUAAAAUAAUAUUUAAACAAAAUACUGUGAGUAUGUAGAGCUUACUACCUGUUAUGGGAUGGUAGUCUGGGGUAAAUCUGUGACUCUAGAAAGGGCAAAGCAAAAUUUUUCUUUGCACUUUUUUUGAUGACAUUACUUGUAAUACUGUUAGCAACACAAUCGUUUGCAUCAUUAAGGUUUAUAAACCUAAUACGAACAAAAGUAUGAUUGAAAGUCGUAAAAAUGAUCCUAUUGUAUAAUUUCGUUAUGGUUGUACUUAUUGAGAACUUCGCUUACAUCGAUUGAAGUGUUGCUGACAAUACUUACAAUAUGACAAACAAUAUUUACUUACAUUGAGUUCAUUAUCCUCUUUCUCACGCAAUAAUGGUUGAAUGUUUCCUUUACGGCUCUAGUUCUGUAAAAUACUGAUUACGUCUGUUAUAAACGGACAGACCAAGAGACUCUCGGGGCCCCACUGGGGAUUGUUGUUAACUGCAUAUAUUUUAUAGUUAUUGUAACGAUCGGAGUAUAAGUUCCAAUGGCGAAGUGCAAAACUUGUUUGUGACCAAUGAAUAUUGACACAAUGUGAAAUAAAGCAUUAUUUAGUUUUA